GCCGUCUUCCCCGCGCGUAGCCCCUUGCUGCCCCCGCGCGCGCCGGCCGCCGUCACCCCCCUCCCCUCCCCCACUCGCGGCGCCGAUCCCGACCCAGCGCGCGCCGGCCCCAUUCUUUUCCUCUACUCUGGGGGCGCGGAGGAGGAGGAGGGCGCCGGGGCUUUGCGUGGAGCAGCGGCGCCCCGUUACUGUCCCCUGCGGCUGAUACUCCCACCUGCUCGUGCUUCGCCGCCACCACCGGCGAUGUCGGCUGUGACGGAGGACGGCGUCCAGCGAGCCUCCGCCGCGGAGGUGGGCGAUGGCGGGCGCGACGGUGAUGAGGAUUUCGAGGAGGAUGAGGAGGACGGGUUCGAGUUCGGUGACGCCGAGGAGGCGAUGCAGUGCGUGGAGAUGGCGGGGCGCAGCACCGGCGCCGGAGCGAUGCGUGCCCAAGCGCACGACUACGAGGCGCUCGCGGAGCGCAAGCGCAAGGCUCUCGCCGAGGAACAGCCCCAGAGGGAGGGUUCCAAGAGGCCAAGGCCGGAUGACCUUUCAGAAGCGGAAGCAGCAACCAUGUUCGAUCAACUCAUGGAAGGCUUUGGUCUUCGGCGCAAAAGAAGGUCCAAAGAUGGCAAGAAAAGGGGAAGAAAGAAAGGAACAAAGAAUAAGGGCAGCCCUGAAGUUAUUAAAAAGUUGGGUGAUGCUACUCUACUUUUUGCUGAAGAAAAAUUUGACGAGGCAAUUCCUAUACUGCAUGAGAUUGUGCGAAUUGCACCAAAUUUGCCAGAUUCAUAUUAUCUACUUGGUAGCAUUUAUAGUGAGACUGGUGAACUAGAUAAAGCCAUAAACUUCUUGAUGCUUGCUGCAUAUGUCUCCCCAAAGGAUGCAUCGCUGUGGAAGAAACUCAUUCCCUUGGCCAAGAAAAAAGAAGAUGCCUCUCUGGCAAGACACUGCAUUUUAAAAGCAAUGAGAGCAGAUCCAGAAGAUGUAGAUCUGAAGUAUCUUUGCGGUGAUAUGUAUCGCAACCUUCGUGACUAUCAGAAAGCUGCAGAGAUAUAUGAGCAGAUAGUUAGAAUUUAUCCUGCCAAUGUUGCCGUUCGUAAAGUAGCUGCGCAGAUGUACAGAGAGUGUGGUCAAAUUGACAAAGCUAUUAAUUUGUUGGAAGACUAUGUUAGUACUCAAACUACCAACAUUGACUGGAGUGUUCUAGAUUUGUUGAUAUCCCUUUAUCUGAGAAAUAAUGCUCUUAGUGAAGCAUUAAAGCAGAUUGAGAAGGCACGCCUACAGUUGCGAUCUCAACAGAAAUUACCAAUACAAUUGCUGGCAAAGGAAGUAAUCUGCCAUGCCUAUCUUGGAGACAUGAAACAUGCUGAGAUUUUCCUUCGUGAUGUGCAUUUGGAGCCAUCAAAAGAUAACACUGAUGUGAUUAAGGAGCUCGCAACCAAUUUAGAAACCAUGGGACUAUAUGAGUAUGCAGUAAAGUUUUACCUGAUGAUUGGAGAUGUUGCUAAUCAUAAUGCGGGUAGUUUAUAUGUGGAUCACAAAGAAAUGGGUAAUUCAUAUGUCAAAGUCGCUCAGUGCUACAUGGUCUUAGGGGACAAAAGAAAUGCAAUUCCUUAUUUUUAUAAAGCCUUACAAAGCAUGAAGGACAAUAUCGAUAUACGAUUGACCUUAUCCUCCCUUCUUAUUGAUGAGGGCAAGACUGAUGAAGCUGUCACUUUGCUUUCUCCUCCCAAAAAUCAAGAGUUGCAUUCUGCUAAUACUCCAGACCAACAUAAACCUUGGUGGUGUGAUGGAAAAGUAAAGAUGAAGCUAGCAAACAUUUAUUACAAUAAAGGGAACCUGGAAGACUUUGUGGAUACAAUUUUUCAUCCUAUUCUAGAAACAUUGAAUGUUGAGUAUGCUAAUCGAAAGAUCAAGCCAAUGAGAAAGCUUCCAAAUACUGUUCUGCAUGAAAGAGUUAAAGUAUUGGGGGAGCCACGUCCAGAUAGUAUAUUUCAAGGAUUAAGGCCAAUAGCGUCACCUGGGGAGUUACAAAAGGCAAACAGAGCGAAGAAACUUAUAGAGAAAAGAGCAGCUUCAAAUGAGGAAUUAAAACCUAAUGAUUUGCGAAGAACAAAGCAAGUUCCUCCUGUUCCUGAUCUGUUGACAAAUAUGGAGCAUCAUCAACUUGUGUUAAAUCUUUGUCGAACAUUAGCUUUGCUUCAGCGAUAUUGGGAUGCACUGCAGAUUAUCAACCGCACUCUGAAACUUGGAAAUGAUGUGCUCACCAAUGACAACAAAGAGGAGCUCAGAUCCUUGGGUGCUCAAAUAGCUUAUAGGGCUCCAGAUCCCAGUCAUGGCUUCAAGUAUGUUCGAUAUGUUGUUCAGCAGCACCCAUAUUCUCUCUCUGCUUGGAAUUCCUACUACAAAGUGAUAUCAAGAAUAGAGGACAGGUUUCCACAUCAUUUCAAAUAUAUUCUUCGGACAAGAGAAGAAAAGCCUGACUGUGUUCCCCCUAUAAUCAUAUCCGGGCAUCGAUUCACUGCUAUAAGUCAGCAUCAGUCAGCUGCCCGGGAUUACCUGGAAGCUUAUAAGUUGGACCCAGAAAACCCUCUUAUUAAUCUCUGUGUAGGCACUGCCCUGAUUAGUUUAGCUCUUGGCUUCAGGCUUCAGAAUAAGAACCAGUGCAUCGUCCAAGCUUUUGCGUUCCUAUAUAGAUACCUGCGCCUUUGUGGGGAAAGUCAGGAAGCCUUGUACAACAUCGCUCGGGCAUACCACCACAUUGGCCUGAAUACCUUGGCAGCUGUUUACUACGAGAAGGCUUUAGCGGUUGAGGAGGAAGAUCAUCCUAUUCCCAAGCUUCCAUACGAGGCUGGUUCAUGCGCGCAGGAGGAUCUGAGGCCAGGGUACUGUGACGUACGAAGAGAGGCUGCCUUCAACUUGCAUCUAAUCUACAAGAAAAGCGGUGCGACAGAUCUUGCUAGGCAGAUUCUGAAAACGUACUGCACUGUUUAGAAGCUUGUGUCUAGUGUUGUCGGGAUCGGAAUUAGCAAAUACAGAACCCUACUUGCAGCCUCAGUAAUUUAGAAUCAACCUGUCUAUACAGCUAGAAUACUUAUAUAUGUAUAUUAGUGUUGUCAAUGAAUACUCCCUUUGUCUCAAAUUACUAUUCA